AUGUCUACUUUAGCGGAGAUUACGGGAGUAGAACGCGACGAUCUAAAAAAGAAGUUCCAGCUGGAACCUCAAUUCCUCUAUGACCCAAAUCGUAGUGACAAUUUGGCAUUCAUGUCACCCUUGGUGCUUCUCAGGGACUCUGAGCUAAAACCGGGAGGAUAUCAAGAUCAUGGACCUAAGACAACCUUGGGGCGUAUUGCAAAGAACAUUUUAGAACCAGAGGGGCACAUGCUUUUCCAAGUACCAGAAGUGACUUAUCUACACCUGGGGUACGGGAAGAAAUCCGCGAAUAAAAAAGGAAAGAUGGCUAUAAAUGAGGUAGCAGCCAAAGACUGGAAAAGUUUCCUAAAUAUGUCUCGCUUUACCCGUCCCAUUGAGCGUACCUCUGAUGAAGAGGAGACCAUGGAGAUCGAUUUUCCAACUCCUGCAGACACCCAAGCGCUGGAAGUCGAAUCAACAGACGCUGGCUGCAGCGGUGACCCUCGUAUAAUUCAACCUUUCGAGAGUGGAUUGAAAAUACCAUUGAAAGGUCGGUACGUGUUAUUGUUUUCGAUACUUCUGAUUUUUUUUGAUAAGAAGAAGAAGAAGAGAGAGGAAGAUUCUACUAGAAACGAAGACAAGAUUGGGGCAAACAAGGUCUCUGAUUUCCUUCUUUUCUGGAUUAUUCCACAUCUACUUAAUUUUAACCAAAGAAAAGUGCAUGAGAUAAUUCAGCAUCACCGGAGUAAGGAAAGUGAAUUUCAUAACUUUGUAGAAAAGUCUGCCUCUGACAUUGUUAAAGAGUCGUUUGAAUCACCAGAAUUUUCUGAUGAUCUUCAAGAUGUCAUUGAAAAGAAAUACAGAGACUGUUAUGGGGAAAAGAUGGAUACAAAGUAUAAGUUGUUCAAAACCGAAGAUGGUAGCCCUAUCAUUGUUGUGCCAAAGAAUUACCAAGUAAAACAAAUGCCAGCUGCACUUGAAGAUAUUGGUAAAGACUGGCGCAAAAUUGGUGAUGUCACUCUUCUUGAUGACUUAAUGAAGAAAUUCAUCAAAGAUCCAGAAAUCCAGAGGGAUUUCUUUCUUUCCUUGCGAGACCUGAAACAUCGACAGGGUAUUGACUAUGCGAUAAUUCUACCAGAUGAGAAAACUUUCAGUGAACUUUUAAGUAGAGUCAGAGCUGAAAGUGCUCAAAUUCUUACUCAAGUAAAAGGUUGUGGAAGGAAACUCAUCGCUCCAAGAAUGGCACUGACCACAGAAACAAACAAACAUUUGACGGUGUGUUUUUCUUACUUCCAAGGUAAGGGAUUUCUCUUUGAUGUACACAAGUGAUAAACAUACAUAUAGAACCAUGAAAAACUUAUAAAAUCUGAAAGUCCCACAGAUAUUUAACACGCACAUUUGAACGAGGCUGAGCAUGAUAUCAAGAAUUAUGUAGGUCAAGGAGAGAGUUAUGUUGGAUAACAGCCUCUGAGAUCUACUUAAUUCUUCAUAUCAUACCAAAACGUCAGCUCAAUAAUAAAUUGUUUUAUUAUUCAUGCAAAAUGUUUUUAAGUUUUGUUUGGUUCACUCAUUGCAAAACAGCAGCUAAGCUGCCGUGUUGCUGCCUGAUUUUACAUUGGGCAAUAUUGUCCAUCAAAUUGAUUGUAUAUAUUACCUGUGUCUUCCAAAUAUGGUAAGAACCACCUCCGUUGAACCAAGCCUUCAAAAGAGAAACAUCAGCUGCCGAUUCUAGACCUAAUGCCAGAGCUGGCUCAAGCGAAGAUCUUUUUAAUGGUUGAUCUUACCGCAGCAUACUGGCACUGCAUGCUUGAUGACAAGUCCAGUCUCUUGUGUGGCCAUGACUACCUUCGCAACCCCCUUCGGAAGAUACGGGUGGACUCCCAAUUGGUCUAUCACAUGGUUCACACAGGCCUUCAAAAGUCCUUGAAAAUUGAAAAAUCGUUGGUUAUCCUUGAAAAGUCAUUGAAUUUUCCACAGAAGUCCUUGAAUAUUUUUGAAAGCUCCUUGAAUAAAAAAAUGUUCUGCUCAAAGGAGUGAUUGAAAGCUCAGCAAUACACAAAUUUUCCUUGGUGAUCAUGAAAGUGAUUUCAGUGUUCCUGGCAUAGUUCAUUUUCUGUUAUUUGAAGUACCCUUUUAACUGUGCCUUAAUGAAGGAAGAUAUCGCAAAAAAAUAAGCAAACCCUCCUCCACAUGCACAUUUUAAAGGUCUUUACUUCAUAUGUUAUUGGGGAAAAAAAGUCCUUGGAAAAUGAUUUUAGUCUUUGAAAAUUAUCUAUCUUACUCCUCUCUAGGAUAGACAUUAGUAAGGGCUGGCCGGCUGGGUGCAGACAGUUAUAGACACUGUGUCCAUGACUGACUGCAUGAAGUCAAUUUGACAAAUUAAAAGCCUUUAUGUGGAAUUUCGAGGUUACAUAAUAUAUAUUAUCUAUCAAAUUAACAUACAGUUUUCUCUUUAGGUAGAUUUUGCAUACUGUCACAUUAAAUUCACAGCAUCAUCAGCCUUUUUAUGCACAAUUAGUGUUCAAAAAUAAAUUAUAACUAUAAUUUUGAGGUUGGUUACACAUGUCCACAUUAUGUAUUCUUGAAUUUGUGGGAAGUUGACAAGAGAUUUACUGUGGAUUUGUAAUCAUAUGUAGUGAGGUCAGUUCUUUAUUGUACAACGUCUUGCUUUCCAAGCAUUCCCAAAUUCCUUUCUGUGAGACCUAUACACUCACUCGCGUUGUUGAUGUUGUUUCAGUAACGAUUUUAUUUUUGUUUAAACGAAUGGAAUAUUAGAAGAUAUUGUUUUUUAUUAACCCAUUCACCCCUGAACCACCAGUGCGGAAACAACUUUAUACCCUUGUACUGCUUGUGAUGUAAUCAGAAUGAUACAGUCAAGUCAGAAGCAAAAAAAAUGAGGGGGGAGAAGGGAAUUCAAAGUAAAAGGUAAAAGAUGAGACUAGAAACUAGAAAUUUCUACAAAUGCCCAAACUUCGAAAGCUGAUAUUUUGCAUCUGGAACAGAAGCCUGCUUUAUAAAACAAAGUAAGUUUCAGCAGUUUUGGUGGUUAAUGGCUUGAGUUUGACCAGAAAGUGGCUCGACUAGCAAUUUACGGCAAACUUCCCAGGAGCAUGUAUAUGGGUUAAGGAGGGGGACAUUGGGGGUUCCCAAUACUGCAAUACCGUUAAAAUAUUGGCACAUACCAAAAUACCGUGUCAAAAAUUGACAAAAUACCGAUACUGAUUUAUGAUUGGUCACAUUUACUUAAAGCUGUAUCCAUUUCAUGUGUUUGUUUACCUCAAGCAUGUAUGUACCAGAAAUCAACCUCAGACAUUGCGAGAAAACAAGAGAAGACCUUGGUCAAAAAGCCCGGUCAUUGGAUGCCCUUCCAAUUUCGUCAUAGAUUUUUUAAUCAUUUACCAUUAUUAAAGUAUAUAGUCUUAAAAAUUAUAUUAACUUUUAUUAACCUGUUUUCCUAACUGUUGGUCAGUAUUUGCACAUUGUAUUGACCUGUAUUAGACAGCAGGUGAAUGCAAAUAAAUGGUACCGCAAAAAUAACCAUGGAGGAUCUUCUUUUACCGAAUACCGUUAACCAAAAGGAUGAAAAACGGUAUACCAUAGGGCUAGAAGAUACUGCAAUACCCCACAUUAAAAUCAAAAUUACCGAAAACCACUUGCAAAAAAAAAGCUCAAUGCGACAAUACCGUAAAUAUAAACCCCCAUGUCCCCCUCAUAAAGAACAGUCAGAUGCAGUGUAAGGAAACCUAUCAUACAGUAGAAGCCACCAUUCAUUACCAGUAGCAAUAGUUCUCACUACAUCAGCCCCUGCGCCUUAGACGUUUGUUUUGAAAUGUUUAGUCUUCUAAUGUUCAAUACAUUAUCUCUUUAUUUCUAUGCUCUUAUAGGUACUUGUGACAUUUGACAAUAGUGAUUAGGGCUAAGCACUAACUCUAAAUGAUUAGCUUUCAUUUACUGUGAGGUUUGUCACUAUAAGUAUGUAAAAUGAAAACAUAACUUGCAGACGAAUUGACUGUGCAUGGUGUAGUGGUAUAAGAGGGUUUCGGUUUCUAGGACCCUGGGUUUGAAUUCUGAAAAUGCCACGUUCAAUCUCAUUUUUCAUAAAAUAAUUGAAGGACUUAGAAAUUUCAUGUAAGUGUGCACCUUAUAAGAAGGGAAGGUGGUUCUGGAGGAUGGAGUCUAUGUAAUGCUGACCGGUCAAUAACAUGUUUCCAGAAUUUCCCAAGACCGCCUUGCGCACAUGCUGAAAGAUUAGCAAGGACCACCUUGCGUGCCUACUUUAUUCAAAUCAAGAAGAUUUCGCAUUAUUACCAAUACAACAAAAUAAAAACGAUACUUCUAUCUAGCUAUGUGGGGUAAUUUAGGGUGCCUCCGCCCUCAGGUCUGCGGGGGCAAAAAUGGUGAACUGACGAUUAUGUCCUUAGCCUGUGAGCAAGCUCUCACUGUACAGCUAAAACGGUGUAGCCAUGAAUGCCUAAUUUAUUCUAACUAAUAUUUGCCUUUCCAGGAAGUGGUGCUGAUGUGGUGGCUGCCUUGUUUAGAGCUAUCGGAGCACAUUAUUUGGAUCAUUUUACCCUUGCCAUAUUGCAUGGACUGUGUUUGAAGUUUGGUGAUCCAGAGUGGGAGUUGAAAGUGGGAAGCCUGUACCCUGUCAAAAGUGCAAGAAAAAUCAAAUUCACACAGUAUUCCUUGAAUAUAAAGCAGAUGAAGGAGAUGAAACCACUUGACUUCUCUGAGGCCCAAGGCAGAUUUUGUGGAACUGAAUUUCCUGAAACAUAUGAAUCAUUUGAACAAGCAAUACGUGAGGACCUCCUCAAUAUAGGGGACAUCAUUUCAAAGGCCAACAAGACCCAAGAGGGUGUGUCAAUUGCAAGUGCUCCAAAGUUUGAGACAGGUGAAGAGUUUACCGUUGGCUAUUCCAUUGCUUGCCAAGAGGGAAGGCUAAGGGGCAUUCCCUCCGAAGUUGACAAGAGGUUGAAGAAAUUUAAAAUAAAAGCUGUGAAUUUGAAUGGGUGCCUGUUGUCAAGCCUUGCCAAAUGUGGCCGAAAAAGCAACAUUAGUGUUGUUUUAGCGAUAAAUGAUCAUUGUAAAAAGGAUGGCUGUUUGGUCCCAGUACGUCUUAAAGAUGCCAUAAGGAGAAUCAUAAUCUAUUUUGUCCAAGCUGUCAUAGUUGCUGGUCUUCCAGAAGGUGAGUCUCUUGGUUUUUGAGGUAAAUUUAUCUGGCCUCGGUUACUCAAAGGCUGGAUAGCGCUAUCCAAUGGAUAAAUCUCUUUCCAGUGGAUGGUGAAAUUAGUUUCCCCAAUACUUAUUUGCUGGAUCGUGAUUUAUCCAGUGUAUAGCGUAAUCCAACGUUUGAACAUACCUCAGGGCCUGUUCUAUAGUAAACUAUAUAAACAGCACAAUACAAAUUACAGCUGAUUGGCUGAAGCUACAAUGACUAACCCUAAACUAUGUGGUAGGUUUAAGCGUAAGAACAAAUUUUAUACAUACAACAAUGUAUUAUGUCAUGACUUACAGUGAAUUAUUAUAUAACAGAUUCAUGGUAAAAAUUAAGAGCAAAUUUUAGUCUGUUUAUCAGUAGAACUAGUACAGUUUGCCUUUUAGAAGAUACAUGUAAAUCAGCAUUUUUUGAGAAUUAAGCUGAGACCUCAGUCAUUCAGUUAAUGUUGCUCUGAUCUUUGUAAAAUUGGUUUUUACUUUACAUUCAUACCAAGGGUGAAAGCAGCAGACAUGCCAAGUGUCACGACUUUUGAGUCUCACAAUUUCACAGCCUAUAUCACGCUCUCAUGAUUUGUCAACUGAUUUCCCACUCUGUCUCGAAAAGACAAACUCCCAAAAAAUUUUAAUUUUAUAAUUAUUUUUUGUAGGGUUUGUUUCCAAGGUUAGAUAUCAAUAUACCGAUAAAUAUAGAUAGUGAGCUCAAUCCAAAGAAAACACUUAGCGGUUGCAUUUGAUUACAUAAUUUCUGCCAAGAUGGCCACUAACAAAACAACGGGCAAAACGUAGAAAUUACAAAACCCCUGAAUCGUAAAAAAAUGAUGUUCACUGCUCCAGUGUUAAAGUGAUAGAGUAGCUUCCAAUACCCAUAAUAUCCUCACUGGAAGUCCUUUCACUAGGAAAUUUGGGACAUCUCAUGACUUUUUAUCCAUUAAUAAUUAUUGUUAUGCACCUAUCAAUGUAAACCCGUGGGGGAGUGCAGGCAAGGGGGGGGGAUUUGACAAAUUUUAAAAUUUUUUGGUGAAAUUCCCCAGGGUGGGAAAAAAAAGGUCAAUCAAAAGUGUCAAAAAAGCACCCACCCACUAGCAUCUCUUAUUUUGAACAACAUAAUCACUCUAGGAAGAUUGACCGUGCUAUUAUAUUAAUGAAACGUAAAAUGCUUUAUAACAUCGGCUCAACAUGUCGGAAUAGGUCGGAUCAGUGGCCUGCAAAAAAUCCUCUGACUUUCAUGGUAGAAUUCGAUUUCAAUCGAGGUUUACAAUCAGAUGGGAACUUGAAGAUAAAAACUUUCUCAAAAUAGACAUUAUCUGUUUAGAUGACAGUGUAAAGUAUCGGAUUAUGGCGAUUAAAAGAAAUGAAAACUUCAUAACUUUCUCCAACAGCGUGACUUUCAGAAAGCCUCGAGGGACGGACUUGUUUACCGCUUCUGAAUUGAUACCAGGCUUCUAUCGGUCAAAGUCAAAUGUCCUGACCCCGGGGUCGCUUCGCACGAUCAAAAGCCCGACAGGGGGAUAGUCUUAGUCAUCAAAUCCCCUCCCCUUGCCCGCCUCCCCCCUGCCACGGGAUUUACAUUGAUAGUUGCAUUACUGCUUUUCCUGGUUCUAGGUUCAGAAUCUCGCAUUUUUUGCCUUUUGGGGGUUGGCAAGUCUUAAGCAGGGUUUAAAUAACACAUCUAGCAAGGAAAGGGCCAAGAGCAUGUGAUGAAAUUGCAUUGUAUUCAUUUCAUUCGUUCAUUUACAAUGUACGGUAAUAAUUACCGUACAACAAUUAUUGUUGUGUUCAAUUUUAUUGCACGUGGUCAAAUCCUUCCAUUAUGGCUGCACUGUAUACAGUUCAUGAUUGAUUUACUUGCAGGGCUCAGUGGUCCCCAGCACCUAACUUUUGCUCUAGGGCAACUAGAAAAUCUUAGUUCUUUCAUACAAAUCAUAAUUAUGCUGGGCUCCCUUCAGGCUGUUAUUUAAAUGCCCCGCAGUGGGUUCCUUGUCACUAGGUUUUCAAACCCAUGUUAGAAUUAUUUUACGUGUGGCAAACUAAUAAGCUUACCAGCUCAAUAGGAACCAUGAUCAAAGAGUUGACACUUCUACAAUAAUACAUAUUUUUAUAAUUUACAUUCAAAGGACUUCUUACAAAUCGUAAUUGAAAAUUUGAGGAUACACGGAUGGAAAAAAUCAAAAUAUCAUUUCACUGUAAAUUAUGUUACUUACUGUUUUCAUCUUUGGAUAUUGCGACUGAGGAGUUGAUAUACACCAAAGCUUCGGACUUCUUACAAAUGUAAACUUGCAUUUCUCAUCAGCUCCCUCGUAAGGGUACUCACUUUCUGCCUCAAGACCACCUCAAUUAUAAUGAACAGUGGUUACAUUUAUUAGAGCAGUUAACACUACCUGUGAAAUGAUAAUUAUUAAUUAGUUUUUGUCUUCACGAAAUAAGGAUAUUUUUAAGUCUACAAAAGCCAAAAUGUUAUAACGCAUUCUUUCUAGAUAGAAGUAGAAAAUAAGUUUUAGUUCCAAGGUGCAUCAUGCUAAAGAAACCGGAUAAGCUCCAGUGUAAGAAACCCUUGUAGAGCACCUAUACCCAGCAGUUGCUGGCAGUCAAUUUCCAUUUGAAAGUCAGUAUGUAUUCAUACAGUUCAUAGAAUUACCAAGUUUCACGAUUUGCUUGUAAGCAGUGGAAGGAAGUCCACCAUUACAGCCUUGGUCAACUUUAUCACAGUCAACAAGCUCUGAAAAAAAGUAAAGACUGACGGUUAACCUAAAGUAUGAAAAAGCGAAGGAAUAUAAACAGCGUGCAAAGAAAGUAGUGUCCCGUAGCCGGGGGCUAGUGGAUUUUGCUAUCAGGCUAGUGAAUUCUGUUUUUAAUUUGCCCAACAGGCAAGUAAUGUGGAUUAGUCCAAAAGAAUGCUGGCUUUUUCAUACGUGCCACGCAUGCAUAGUAGCAACCUGGAGGAAAUCAGCUAGUGUGGUCGCCCCCAAGUAGUUUUCAUUUAAAAUAAAGUUAAUUCCUUUUACUGAUUUAGAUGUUUACUUGAACAUGUGAGACCAACUUCUGUAUCAUCUUGUAUGGGUGGACCAGAUUUCAUUUUAAACGGGGUUGUGGCUUGAAACCAUAAGAACCCUCAGCAACACCACCAUCAGCUCUCCUAGCUGUGACCAUGUUGGUGAUCAUCAUAGGCAAGAAGGAAAAAAACUGGUCAUGUGUCAAGCCCUAUUACUUCAUAACUAAUUAUUAGAAGUGUUUAUCAGGGUCCUUCUAAAGCUAAAGUGAGAUAGAUGUUGUGGGUCAAAGUGAAGUUCGGGUUCAAAUGGUUUUCACCUACAUGUAAUUUGCUUCUCAAUUCUUACCCUUCUUUGUCUUCUGGUAUGAAAAAUAGGUAGGGCGUAGCUGCCAGUAUGCAAGUUCUUACCUGGAAAACAAAAUAGCUAUUAAAGGGACAUGCAUGACUCACAAUAAGGGAUUUUAGUAGUUCUCGUUUGAUGCAGUGCUUUUUAAUAAUCAUAAUUAAUGCACUCAGAACGGUUUUUCAAAUGCAUCGCAAUUAUUCAUGGAGAACAAAAACAGUGGAUCACAGGGUCAAGAAAAUAUGCAUGCCCCCCUUCUGAUGUAGUAUAUUAUUUAAGUUAAUUAUAAGCUUGAAUUGCUGCUCAAGGUUAAAAUCAAAAGAAUUCUUUUGAGUGCAGGUUAAGCGGUUAAAGAUUGAAUUGAGUGAUAACUUAGAAUAAAGGUUGAGGUGUGUUUUAGUCAUUUAAUUCUGCUACGGGGAGCAAGGGACAGCGCAGUGGUGAGAGCACUUGCCUUCCACCAAUAGGACCCAGGUUCAAAUCCCGGCAUUAACAUUGUUGCUUCUCUCCUUUGCUCUGAGAGGUUUUUCUUUAGGUACUCCGCUUUUCCCCUCUACUCAAAAACCAACUUUUCCAAAAUUAUUCCAAUUCAACCAGGAAUCAGGUAGACAAAGAGCCACUUUGUGGAUGUGCUAGCUCCAAAUCAUUAUCUAUUUAUUUAAUUGACUAAGGGCCGGAGCUCAGAGGCUUUUAACAUGCUACGUAGCAAUUGUUAAAAGCCUCUGAGUACUUUAUCCCUGAUGGUCGGGGAUUAAGCAAUGUUUUUAUGAGCAGGUAAAUGUUAUAUUCCUCAAUAUGGCCCAGGGGUCAAGGUGCUUAGGAUUCAUUUCAUUUUGACAGAUGCACAAAUUUAUGUAACAUACGUCCUGAACUGAAUGUUUAUUCUUUUUUCCUCAUUAUUCAGUUUAUCCAGCUGAACCUGAUGAGGAAGAUAGGGGAGAUAUUGAAUGCUCCACAUCUGAGGAUGAUGAUGAUGAUGGGGAACAGAUGCAAGUUGAAGAUGAAGCGGCUUCAGCUUCUGCCACAGUUGCCAGCAGACCGGCAGCCACUUCAUCUUGUGCAACUGAAAGGCCUUCCAUGUUACAAGGUAUUUCCUGAUAAUUGAAUUUUUUAAGUUUUAAUUUUACACCUUGGUGUAUUAAGGAAUUUCUUUAAGCAGCCUUCAAAGGUGACGUUUCAAUGAAAUCUGAUAGGUGCAUGACUACAUUUCCUAUCAGAGAGCUUAAGGUUUUAAUGCCAGGCUGUGAGAGAAUGGUUUCUUCUCCAGUGUCUUCCAUAAGCAUGCUUUCCCAGAAAAGAAAGAAAACAAGCUAGACUCGCCGAAAGGCCAAUUAACUGGGCUGCGGUGGCGGUUAUUUCUGAGGGGAAGCACAGACUACAACAAAACCUUGUCGCCGGACAUUGCGUGACAUAGAAUCCUAGGAAAUCUGUGACCGUAAAUCUGCUAUUUUAUUUUAAAAAAGCAAAUCUGUAGAUAACCAUAUCGAGAGUGAUUAUUUGUCGGAAACCCUUACGCGACAACCGAGACUAUACAGAAUUAUAUAUUGUACCGCAUGAAAACGAUAAGUUAACCAGAACAGACAGCGGACAGCCUUUAAGAGAAAACAACCCACAAUAAUACCCAUCAAGAUACUCGGGAUAGAGAUGAUCAGUAGAUGAUAAUCUAUUGUUCAUGGUCGACACGAAACAUUCUGAAGAAAAAGCAUUGUGCCACAAGAUAAAAAGAUUUUGAUUUUUUUGAAUUCAGUAUUUAAACAUAGUUAAUUAUCCUCUCCCCUUAAACCCUCGCCCACGCUUGAAAUAGCCAGCUAGUUCACCUUCUACUAUUUCGGAUACUUAACCAUGUUCCAUUUUAAUUAUUCAUUUCAUUAUCCCUGAAACGCCCCACAUGGGGUAACCUCCCACGCAGACGUUCUUGGGCUUCGUCACUUAUGCCCUUGUUUACCCUCCUACGCAGACGUUCCUUUGGCUCGUCACAUGUGACGAAGCCCUAAGAACGUCUGCGUUGAAGGCUACCCCAUGUAGGGCUUUUCAGGGAUAAUGAAAUGAAUACUUCAAAUGGAACAUGGUUAAGUAUCCGAAAAAGUAGAAGGUGAACCAGCUGGCUAUUUCAAGCGUGACCGAGGAUUUGAGAAUCGGACUACCUACCGAGCUAGUGCAAAUCUAGCAAGUGGUCAGGAUGGGACAAGAGCACUAACCCUGCGCUGGGUGACGCUGUCUCUUACUAAUGCCUCCUAUGUAAUCACUGGAUCAUUAUACGUUUCUGGGAAACUGCCCACCUACCCCCCCCCCAGCCAACAUUUGUCCCUAAGUGAGAAGUAAGUGUUAAUGUUGGCAAAGAAGAGGUUAGGUGGGCAGUUUCCCAGAGAAACGUAUGAUGAUCCAUGAUUUCUUUGCAGUAAAACAAGGUACACCCUCCAAUGAAGAACUAGAGAUGUUGUCAGUGGAUAUUGCUCAGGGUUGGAAGGCACUUGGGCGACGGCUAGAAAUCGAUGACGCACGCUUGACGGGUUUUCACAAAGAGAAUGAAGAGUACAGUGAAAAGCCAUAUAAAAUGCUGUUGUACUGGAAGAACAAAAAAGGUACUGAUGCAACCUACAAAAUAUUGUAUGACGCUUUGUGCCAUGAACUUGUUAACAGAAAAGACUUGGCGGAGAAACUUUGUUGUGAGUCAACUUUGAAUUAAUAUUUUGUGUAGAGUUACAGACUGGGUUUAGUAAAAAGUAGGGCUAUACAGAGUAGGUAUUACAUGUAGUAAUAAUCGAAAAUGAGUAGUUUUUACCAGUGGGAUAUUUUUAUAUAAGUAUAUAUGAGUAUUUAACCCCAUCGGUUACUGAAAUAAGCACAUUUUGAAGUUAUGAGUAGAUGUUAGCAUCAUGGAAGGCAUAGUCGCAAGAUUAGAAUGUUGGCCUGUUAUCUUAGCUUUCCCUGCUCUUUAGCUAGUUUUCGUUUGUCUCUCAUUUCCGUAACUUUAUUUUCCGUACCAGUUUAGUGGUAGCUCGCUAAACUGGUUACCAGAGGCAUUUCCAGCUAGUUCCAACGCCUGCUAUACUCGCCGCUUUCACACCGGCUCUAGCAAAAUGUUACUACAGUAACAGCGAAACACUUGUAGUUUUAAAACAAGAACGUUAUAGAAAACUAGUUUAAAAUGAGCUACUUUUAAUGUGCGUAUGUAAUUUGUUAUUAUUAGGUCUUCACUUGCUUUUUGCAACUAGUUUAACUAACUUUAAAAUAUAUUUAUAGCUAAAGUUUUAAAAUAGCAAACUAUAAUUUUAAACGCAGAAGUAUUUCAAAAUACCGGUUCGUUGAGAGAUCGUACAGGUCAGUUAACAAGUUAGUGUGCUUCACUUAAGUUAGAAAGGAAAUGGAAUAAUUAUCGUCAUCAUUAUGAUAGUGUCAUUUUCUUAGUUUUACAAGAAUCCAUGGUCGUGCAAGUCCUCUAUAAAUUCAUUUCUUCUUUAAACAUAGCCAAACUUUGUUCUUUACUAGGUGUUGGCAGUUUCAACAGCUGUCAGUUAUCUUUCUUUGAUACACUGUCAUCAUCAGCAAAAACAAAUUUUGGCUUCCUUUUUCAAGAAUUAAUGUAUUGAUUUGUUACCAUUUCGAGCCUGAUUCAAGACUAUACCAACAAUGAUUUUACUGUAAAAAUAGUUGAACUAGUCUUGAACCUUUUUUAUCAAAUGGCAUAUAUUACCAUCUUGUUAUGUAAACGACAGGCCGUGAAUAGUUCGUGCCUCAUGAUUGUCAGUUUGUUGUUCUGCACAGUCAAUCAACACCACUGCCUAAAGAAGAUCAGCAAUAACAGAUGCUCAAGUCAAUAACAACAUAAUUUUAGUUAGACAAACGGUGAACAAGCCUGUUGUACAUUUCACAUUUUUAAAUUAAGGUGGUCUCAUUAUCUUAAUAAAUACAAAUUAAAAUUUGUAUUUAUUAGUGACAGAUAUCAUCCAGGUUCUUAUUAUAUCUUUUAACGAGUAGUCUAAUAUUUUUUCACCAUGUAUUUGAUAUUUUUGUAAGUAAAUUUUAAUAUUUAUAGUGGUUUAGUGAAAACUGAAAUUGCUAGUCUAACUAGUUCGGUACCAUUUUGUUGAUAUUUUUAAGCAACAAACGUUUCCAUUUAAGAGAGGUAGUUAAGAAUCCAUUAUAUUAUAAAUACGAUAGGCUACAGUCGGUUAAAAUUUAGCUCGCCCCAUGCAAGGGAAUCCGGGAAAUUUUUGCUUGUAGAAUCUGAAAUCAUGAGCUUUGGAAUCCGGAAUACAGCUCAAGGAAUCCGGAAUCCAAGUUCUACAGCCCAACGGGGGAAGACUGGAAUCUGUCUUGGAUCCCCUUACAUGGGGCGAUUUAGCGCACUGAGACUUCUCAUCGUUUCCU